GUACAUCUUGUCAAAGUAGUCGGAUUGCCAUCAUCUUCCAGCUAUAUAGCAAAGAUGAUGAGUUUCACAUCAAUGCAGCUCAUUAAGAGCUCAUCAAGGAUGACUUACACUCUGACUGCACGGUCAUUGUGCUCACGCUCACUUGCAACGGCUACAAUUGCCAGUCAAAGCUCAUCUUUACUUAUCCAAAGUGAUCUUUCAAGAUUGCUUCCUAUCCAAGCAUCUGCUAGAACUUUCAGCACGACGCCAACUUGCCUUCGUAAUCCAAGUAAUAAAGUAAGACUUCCCAAGAGAAUAAUCUCAGACCCAUCCGAAGUUGAUGAAAGUCAUUUAGACAAGCCAACGGAUAAGGAAGGAAAAGCAGCAAAUCCAAUCACCAACGAAUAUUCUACCUUAAAACCUUACAUGAAUUACGAUACCUGGAAGGCCUUAACCGGAAAACCAUUCAAUUUUAAGGAAAUGUCGGAAGUUCAAGAAAGAGUCUUAAGCCUAUUGCCCGACUUGGCAGAUCCUUUCAAUGAUACACCCAUGCCAGACAAUCAAGGCGGCAGAGAUUUAUUGGUAAAAGCGAAAACAGGUACGGGUAAAACGGUUGCUUUUUUGGUUCCUGCGAUCGAACGUAGAUUACGUGCAGCAAGACAAGUGUUGAAGGGAAACUAUACUGGUCCUUUUGCAAAGAUGCUAGCCAAAGAGAAACCUGAACUUUACGAAGCUACUGAUUUGGACAAGCAGACAAAAGUUUCUAUUUGGCGAAAUUUCCAUGCCAAUACAGCAGGUGUUCUCGUCUUAAGUCCAACCCGCGAAUUGGCUACUCAAAUUGCUACCGAAGCAGAAAAGCUCACAAUGCACCAAAAGAACUUCGGUGUUCAAUUAUUGGUCGGAGGAGCAAGCAGGAGUAUUCAAGUACGUACUUGGUCUCGCACUCGGCCUGAUAUAGUAGUUGCUACACCCGGUCGCUUAUUGGACCUAUUGAACGAAGAGCCGAUGGUCUCGAAAGCUCUAUCAGCUGUCCAAACUUUGAUUUACGAUGAAGCUGAUACCUUACUCGAUAUGGGAUUCCGUGAUGAUCUCGAGAAGAUUCUACAAUUCUUGCCCAAGAAAGAAGACCGAAGCACGAUGUUGUUUAGCGCUACAGUGAGCAGUGAUAUUAGAGAGAUCGCACGCAAAUCAUUGGGAAGUGAUCACAGAUUUAUCGAUUGCGUGCCCGCAGGAGAGUCCAAUGUUCACGAACAUAUUCCCCAAUUUGCCACUGUUGUUCGCGAUGGAAAAGAACAAUUGGAGCAAUUGACAAGAUUGAUCGCAAUCGAUCAAUUACGCAAUCCAGGUAAGAGCAAAAUUGUCGUUUUUGCACCUACAACAAAGAUGGUUCAAUUGUAUGCAGACCUUUUCAACUUUUCCCAAGGUUUGGUCAAUAGUUUACCAGCAGGAAGAAAUACUGCCUCAUACGAAUUGCACAGUCGCAAAGAUUCUUCCCAACGGUUCAGAAUUUCUUCCUCAUUCCGCAACGAUAAACGUGGUGCUUCGAUCUUGUUCACAUCCGAUGUAAGCGCUCGUGGAGUUGAUUAUCCCGGAACAACACGGGUGAUCAAUUUGGGUAUCUCUGGAACUACAGAUCAAUAUAUUCACAGAAUCGGCAGAACUGGACGUGCGGGAGCGCAAGGAAGGGCGGAUAUCAUUUUGCAAGGAUUCGAAGCAGGCUUCUUAGAAGCCAGUCUGAACAAGUUGCCAAUCAAAGUUGAAACGGUAGACGAAACCAAAGCACAAUUAGCAAAGCUUUGUGAAGAUUUCGAUAGAGAUCCAGAAUCUAUUGUCGAUCCGGAAAUUUGGAAAAUUAUGAACGACCCAACACUUCGACCUCGAUGGUCGAAAGAGGGUUCUAAUUCUACGCAAUAUAUUGCACGUUUCAUCUCUCCAAUGAGUGAACGACUUUCGGAUGAUAUCCUAAAGGCUAAAGCUGAAUCUGCUAAAUCUUCUGCUGAUCCGGCUGAAGUUGAAGGUGUAUUUAUGAGCAAUUUGGGUUUCUACAUCCCUAAAGCAUAUGCCAUGGACACCACUGCCAAUAAUGUUAUUGAAGGUUUGAAAGAAUGGGCAAUGUCACUUGCUGAGCUUCCUCGGGAACCGUAUGUCAGUCCGGCAACGCUUGCAAAGAUGGGCGUUUCAACUGGAAAUAGAAGAACAUCCGAUCGCUUUGGCAGGUCAUCAUCUAGAUUUGGUGGCUCAAUGAGCGGAAGUGGUCGUUUCGAUCGUGGUGAUAGCGGAAGAGAUCGUUCUGACCGUGGGUAUAGCGGAAGAGAUCGUUUUGACCGUGGUGGUAGUGGAAGAGAUCGUUUUGACCGUGGAGAUGGCAGAAGAGGUCGUUCCCCUGGAAAGUACAAUUUUGACGGACAUUCCCGUGAAGGACCUUCUUACGGUCGAAGAAGCUCCGAACGAUUUUUCUAAUCGUGCACACGCAUGAGGAAUGUUCAGCUCCCCCUUCUUUUGGGAUAUAAAAUCAUAAGUAACGAACUUUAUUCAUGUAAUAUAUAUCACAUUCUACAUCACCACUAUUGCUAUUGUACAAAAAUGAAUGCAAAUUCAACCCAAAAAUGAUUACUUGCGCUGCCUUUUUCCAGAAUCUUCAUCUUCAUCUUCUGCACUUUCAAAUUCCAAUUCUUCACCAUCAUCAGAAACCAUAUUAUCGUCAUCAUUGGUUUGAUCGGUGCGAUUCCGUUUAAGACCUUUCAUCUUACGUGUUUGUAAUUUACUCAAAUCUUGUUUGCCAACAUGAACACGUCCAACGGUAUCACCCAUAUC